AUGACCACACCACAGAAAAACAUCCUGAUCCUGGGCGGCUCAUUCGGAGGGAUUUGUACUGCCCAUUCUAUCCUCAAACAUGUCAUCCCCUCGCUACCGGACAGGGAGUCGCACCAAGUCGUCUUAAUCAGCCCUUCAUCGUAUGCUCUGUGUCAACCUGCCUGUCCUCGUGCUAUGAUUUCGGAUGAUAUGUUUAACCAAAACAAGCUCUUUACCAGCAUCACGAAGUCUUUUGAGCACUAUCCGGCUACCAUCUUUCGCUUUGUUCAAGGGACGGCCACGCACCUUGAUCACAGUAAUCGGGCAGUUUUAAUCAACCUCGCAGAUGGAAACACACAGACAAUUGACUAUCACUCUCUUGUCAUUGCUACAGGCUCGUCGACACAGUCUCCUCUGCUACGACUAAAUCGAGACGAAAAGUUCCUGCGCCAAAACUGGAACGCAUUCCGAGAGGCAUUACCCUCUGCCAAGAAUAUCGUCAUCGCAGGAGGGGGACCAAGCGGUAUCGAGACAGCAGGAGAGUUAGGAGAAUUUCUGAACGGUCGUGCGGGAUGGUUUAGUUACAAACUCGAGAACCCCAAGGUUCCUAUCACAGUCGUCACCUCCGCUUCCCAAGUCCUUCCUGCUCUCCGACCUAGCAUAGCGGCUAAAGCUGAGGAUUUCCUUGCCGGGGUUGGAGUGACUAUUAUCAAGAACACUCGGGUAGAAGCUGUGACUCCCCCUAACGCAGGCACGGAAUCUGCAGUAGCAACUAAGACGACGUUGUCUCUUGACGAUGGGCAAACACUAGAUGCUGACAUUUAUAUUCCAGCCAUGGGUGUAUCAUUCAACACGACGUUUAUCCCAGAAACCCUCCUGGCAUCUGAUGGCAGGGUCGAGACCAACACAUCUACCUUGCGGGUUGAUAAAGCCGGACCUCGCGUAUACGCUAUCGGCGACGCCAGUACUUAUGGUCACGCAGCCGUUCACAAUAUUCUCGACGCGGUUCCAGUUCUGACCGCAAAUCUCAAGAGAGACCUCCUCCUCGCGUCUGGAAAUAAUGAGACCGAGGUCGGUGAGGAUCGAGAAUUCAAAGAAGAUACUAGGGAAACCCAACUAGUGCCAAUUGGGCGGAGCAAAGGUGUCGGUGCACUCAUGGGAUACCAGCUCCCCAGCUCAGCAGUGUGGGCAAUAAAAGGCCGGGACUAUUGGGUCUGGGGGGCAGGAUUUAUGUGGAAUGGGAUGCUCGUGUAG